UGGAAUUCUGCAAUGUGACGUCACUAAACAUGUAAAGAUAAGGCUCCAUGAACAGAAAGUAAAACCGACAGCUGAAACAACGCCUCACUCACGUGCUGCAGAGCCGUCACAUUCCUAAAUCAGGAUGUCGGUGCACUUCUCAGGAUGGGAGGUGGUCGACGAUGGUGCUUCUUUUCCUGCCGUAGAGCUGGCGCCCUCCCAGAAACCCCAAAAACGAGGCGUCUACACCAUGUACCAUGGGACCAGCGUCGCCAGUGCACGGAUCAUCAUUGACAGUGGUUUUAAGCCCUCGUCAGGUGGCAGGCUGGGACAAGGCGUUUAUGUCAGUCGUGAUAAGAAAAAAGCAUCUGCUUAUCCCCGUAAUGCUCAAAAUUCAGACCGUGUGAUCUUUGAGUUACGCGUGCGCCCUGGACGUGUCAAGCGUAUUGACAAGGACAACCAUCCUCUGCAGUUAAACUGGCAUUCACACGGCUAUGACACUGCCUGGGUGCCCCCCAACUGUAUCAUGGGAGGCCUCGAGGAGGAUUGCGUGUUUGAUCCCAAAAGAGUAGAGGUGGUCGGCAUUGCACAGGCACCAAACAACACCGUGCUGAAAGAACUUCAGCAGCUUCUGGCCCAGAAGUCCAAGGGACGUGGGGGAAGAGGCGAUGGGACUGCAGAUGUGUGUUCCCUGUGCAAGAGAAAGACCCAGCAGGGCUCUCCACACAUCAAGCAACCGUGUUGGGAUUGUGGGAAAAACAUCUGCAUUCUCAUGACCAAGCAUGUCUGUCCAGGCAAACCCUGACCGGGGCGAUGGGAGAAGAGAGCGUGUGAACAGAGCUCAGAGGAUCCAUAUGUACCAUACUUUACCAUACAUACCAUAUUUUGUUAUGUCUGCUAUUCUCUGAUCAGCAGGCAUUAUGAUCACAGACAGUCAAUUUAAAACACUAGAUGUAAUGCUUUUGAAAAAAAAAUAAAAAUUACCUAAUAUUUGACAACAUGCAGGAUUUUGAUUCACUGGGAAAAAUUAAAUGUACUUAACACUUGAUGAUGUAACAGAACCAAAGCCAUUGAAUGUCAUUGUGAUAUCAUCA